CACCUUCAACGUUGUCAACACUCGCCUCCCGUUUCCCGCAGCGGUGAACUCUGUGUAUACCAAACGUACUCGCACUUCCCCGCCCGCUAUGCCACGCGCCUCUUCAGGCAUUUCGGGCAAGAAGAAAGACAGGAAGCCGCCGGAGGGCUCUUCAGCAGCCAAUGCCGUUGGCCCAGACGGCAAGGUGGGCUGUAAGUACUGUCCUCGGAGAGUUCACCCCAAUGGUCUAUACAUGCAUGAGACGACGUGCGAAAAGCGUAGGAAGGAGAGUCGGCAUCGUAACGAGAUAUCGAGUAGGCAUGCAACGUUAGAGCGUGAAUCUCGUCUUCUUUCAAUCCAGGCUGAACGCGCGUCCGUGGGACCCUCACGUCAAGCUGGUCCGUCAUGGAGCACCACGGGUCUGCAUAUUGCGCCCUCAAUUUCGACUUUUGCCCUCGCGCCCUCGAUCUCUACUCACGUCCCUACCCCUGAUGACGUUCUCAACCAACACCACAACGACGAUGACCAUAACCUCCCUCGCGGGAGCAUUGAUGAGAGCCCUGUGCCUCUAGAUGCUCCCGAAGAAGACGCGGCUAGACUUCGCUCUGAGUCGGACGCAAGCAUGUGAAGCAUCGUUUACACC